AUGGUUCCAAAUGAAGCCCAUCAGUACAUGGGAAUCAUUCGGUUACUCCAGCAUUUCAGAUGGACAUGGGUUGGGUUCUUCAUUGUCAAUGAUGAGAGUGGAGAACAUUUCUUGCAGGUCCUAGAACCUCUGCUUUCCAAAAACAGAAUCUGUUCGGCUUUCACAGCAAGGAUCCCACAACAAGCUCAGUUGAAUGGUAUGCACGAAAUCAAUGAAAUGGUCCAAAGUAUUCAUCUACCUUUGACAGUUGCCCGGGUUAACGCAUUUGUCGUUUAUGGAGAAACAUUGUCCAUUAUAUGGAUGAGCUAUUUUCUGCUUCUGGGAGCUCCUGAACAUAGCAAAACCAAAUCACUUGAAAGGGUCUGGAUUAUGACUGCCCAGAUUGAUUUUGCACUAACGAGCCUUCAGCGGGGCUCAGAUCUUCAAAUGUUCCAAGGGGCCAUCUCCUUCACGAUUCACUCACGUGAACUUCCAGGAUUCAAGACAUUUCUUCAGAGAGUAGAACCUUGCCUCUCAGAAAGAAAUGGCUUUCUCAAGGAUUUCUGGGAGCAAGCAUUUAACUGUAGAUUCCAGUGCUGGAAAGUAUCAGAGGAGAAUAAUGAUGCAUGUGCUGGGAAGGAAAAGUUGGAGGGCCUUCCUGGACCUCUCUUUGAAAUGCGCAUGACUGGCCACAGCUACAGUAUUUAUAAUGCAGUCUAUGCUGUGGCACAUGCACUCCAUGCCAUGGAGUCAUCCAGAUCCAGGCACAGAACAAAGCCGAGGCAUCAGCAAGUUGGAUUUCAGUAUCUCAAGUCAUGGCAGCUCCAUCCAUUUCUUCAAGGUGUUUCAUUCAACAACUCAGCUGGAGAAGAGGUGUCCUUUGAUGACAAAAAAGAAAUGGGAGGUGGAUUUGACAUAAUCAACAUGUUAAACUUCCCAAACAAUUCCUUCCUUCGAGUAGAGAUUGGGAAAAUGGAGCCCAGUGCCCCUGAAGGAAAAAGACUCUUCAUUAAUGAGGAUAUAAUUAUGUGGCCCAGACAGUAUAAUCAGGUUCAGCCUGUUUCUGUGUGUAGUGACUCCUGCCGACCUGGUUAUCAGAAGAAAAAGAAAGAAGAGGAGAAAUUUUGUUGUUAUGAUUGUGCUUCAUGUCCAGAAGGGAAAAUUUCAAACUUGAAGGAUAUGAUUGACUGCUUCAACUGCCCAGAAGAUCAAUAUCCGAGCAAGAACCAUGAUCAUUGCAUUCCCAAGAGUUUAACCUUCCUAUCGUAUGAAGAACCUUUAGGAAUCAGUUUAGCAUCAGUAGUUGUAUUUUUCUUUCUAAGCACAGCAUUGGUGUUAGGAAUGUUUGUUAAACAUAAAAACACCCCCAUUGUCAAAGCCAACAACCGGGACCUCACCUACACUCUCCUUGUCUCCCUCUUGCUCUGCUUCCUCUGUGCUUUGCUCUUCCUUGGAAGACCUAGGAAGGCAACCUGCCUUCUCCGCCAACCUGCCUUUGGCAUCAUCUUUUCAGUAGCUGUGUCCUGUGUGUUGGCCAAAACCAUCACUGUGGUGGUUGCUUUCAUGGCCACCAAGCCAGGGUCCAGCAUGAGGAAGUGGGUGGGGAAAAGGCUGGCCAACUCCAUCAUUCUUUCCUGCUCCCACAUUCAAGCAGGAAUGUGUGCCAUCUGGCUAGGCCUCUCUCCCCCAUUCCCAGAUUUGGACAUGGAGUCCCAGACUACAGAGAUCAUAGCAGAAUGUAAUGAAGGCUCUGUCAUCAUGUUUUACUGUGUCCUGGGCUACAUGGGACUUCUGUCCAUUGUCAGCUUUGUGGUGGCUUUCCUUGCCAGGAAGUUGCCAGAUAGCUUUAAUGAAGCCAAGUUCAUCACCUUCAGCAUGUUGGUGUUUUGCAGUGUGUGGUUGUCUUUUGUUCCCACCUAUCUGAGCACCAGGGGAAAAUACAUGGUGGCCGUGGAGAUCUUCUCUAUCUUAGCUUCCAGUGCAGGAUUACUGGGCUGUAUUUUUUUCCCCAAAUGUUUCGUUAUUCUCCUGAAACCUGAGUUGAACAAUAGGGAGCAACUAAUGAGGAGAAAAAAUUAA